AUGGCUCACCCACAAGACCUCGUCUACCGCGGAAAUUGUUUCUGUGACCAAUGCGGCAUAGGAGUAGUCGGCCAGCAUAUCGCGGGACCAUCGAGCGGCCACUUCACUGUAAAUGUACGCACCAUUCAAGGGGUCAAUCCGUUUCAAAUCAGCAUCACGACCGUCGAGACGGAAGACGAGAGGUCCGAGAUCCAACGGCCUGCAACCACUGAGCCAGCGGCACAUCAUCUGUUCUCCUGCCAAUGUGGGGACGUCCAAGCUGAGCUUCUUGUCCCCAUACACGACCAAGAGAUCAAGGAAGACAACUGCAGCGGCUAUAUCAGGCAUGCUUACAUCGGAGUCUACCCAACCCGGGACCAGGUUCGAAUCCACGGCCAAGAACGCGGAUGGGAGCAUGGCGGUCUGAAGGCCGAACUUGGAGCGCUGAAUAUGGGCAGUGUAGUGCACUGUAAGACGUGCGGCGCGCAGGUUUUCACCAAUCUCUACGGCCCACCCAUCACCGUCUUUGAUAAACUACCCCCUGAGAGAAAGGCAUAUGCCCUGGAAGUGUACCACAAAAACAUGAGCCUUCAGCCGCUCAAUGUGAGAGCCAUCGAAGGUUUCCAGCUGCUGUCUGAGACUAUCAACGUCAACAGGUCGGACGAGGGCACUGAGGGGUAUGCCGAGCUGCUUGAGCCCUGGCAAGCUACUUCAAAAUAA